AUGGUCGCGCUGGAGAACCCCGAGGGCGGCGCGGAGGAGGCGGCGAGCCCCGCCGAGGGCGCCGCGGGCCGGCGGCGGACGCUGCCCCUUCCAGGCUGCCUGCCUGCUCUGGCCAGCUCCCAGGUGAAGAGGCUGUCAGCCUCCAAGCGGAAGCAGCACUUCAUCAACCAGGCCGUGAGGAACUCGGAUCUUGUGCCCAAGGCCAAGGGGCGGAAGAGCCUCCAGCGCCUGGAGAACACCCAGUACCUCCUGACCCUGCUGGAGACAGACGGGGGCACACCUGGUCCAGAUGAAGGCGACCUGGCGCCCCCAGCGGCACCCGGCAUCUUCGCAGAGGCCUGCAACAACGAGACCUACGUGGAGGUCUGGAACGACUUUAUGAACCGCUCUGGGGAGGAGCAGGAGCGGGUGCUCCGCUAUCUGGAGGAUGAGGGCAGGAACAAGGCGAGGAGGAGGGGUCCUGGCCGCGGGGAGGACCGGCGGAGAGAGGACCCGGCCUACACGCCCCGCGAGUGCUUCCAGCGCAUCAGCCGGCGGCUGCGGGCCAUCCUGAAGCGCAGCCGCAUCCCUAUGGAAAUUCUGGAGACCUGGGAGGAGCGACUGCUGAGAUUCUUCUCCGUGUCCCCCCAGUCUGUGUACACAGCCAUGCUGGACAACAGCUUCGAGAGGCUCCUGCUUCAUGCUGUGUGCCAGUACAUGGACCUCAUCUCGGCCAGUGCUGACCUGGAGGGCAAGCGACAGAUGAAGGUCAGCAAUCGGCACCUGGACUUCCUGCCUCCGGGCCUGCUGCUGUCAGCUUACCUGGAACAACGCAGCUGAUGACAGUCCCCGGUCCCCCGCCCACCACCUCACCCGGCGCCAGGACAUUGCGAUCCUCCGCUAAAAUAUUUUUAUUAUUUUAUUAUUUUUAGAAUUUGUCCUUAGAAACCUGCUCUUCCCCUUGGGGUGGCUCUCUUUCUCACCCUGGCCACCUCCCUGCCCAGCUGUCUCAGAUAAACAUUGGCAGCUGGGGCUGCCCUGGACGAUCCUGGCCCUAUAGAUGCCCACUCUGGGACUUGUAUUUGGGUGGGGAGACCUGGUCUGGUCACUUCAUGUUUCUUCAUUCAGCUUUUUCUGCCAGUCUGAAGCUUAACUGAGGAGAGAGAGGCUAGGUUUUUAUCACUUUUAAUGAAUUUGGUGUGAUUUGUUGUAGAUUUUUAAAUUUUCCUUUUGGGAAGAAAAACCGAAAACUGCAGUCCCUACUUGACCCCUUCCAGUUUUUGGCUUGGAGGGGGGAUGCUCUGGGACGCUGCCCCUCACCCCAGGAGCAUUGUGUCGUGUGUGUGUGUGCAUGUAUGCAUGCAUGUGGCAGCAAUCCAGGACAGAACCUGUGUCUUAAAGGCUGGUUUUACAAAUUCUGUGGGAUGUGUGCCCUCCUCCCCUGGUGCCUGUUGGUGAUUCUGGGGGCCCUGCCUGCUCUACAUGCCCCUCCCCCACCUUUCUCCCUUUGUUUCCCUGGGGGUCCAGGACUUCCUGCCAGAAGCCUCUGCCCUUGGACUGCCCCUUCCUUUCCCUUUGGCCCCCAGCCUGGCUCUGGACCAUUAAUUUGUGUCCUGGUGGUCACCCUGGCCUGGUCCACAAGAGCAGGAUGGGGACACCCCCAGCCCCGUGUGUGUGCGUGGCUUGUUGUGCGCUGGAAAAAAGUAGAGAGUUCAAUAAAUUUCUGGUGCUCUGGUCUCAGGCUGUGAGGUUUUCAUUUGGG